CCGGCCGGGCUGGGCUCUUGUGCGCAUGGGCGGCGUCCUCUUCGGCUCGAGCUGCCCCUUCGAUUUCCGCCGGCGUCAGAAACGCUGGGCAGGCGGUUAGCCGAGCGCCCCGGCUGCCUGAGCGCCGCUCAUAUCCGAUAUGUCUGACGAAAAAGGUUCCCUGAAGGGAGACGAAGAGAAAGGAGGGGAGCCGCUCAUGACCUUCACCGUUAGAGAGUACUCGGUGAAACAGGUGGAGGAGGCGGAACCGAUGAAGGUGGAAGUGGCGGCGGGGGGUGAUGGCUGCUCUGACGACCUCAGCUCUGGAGAGGCCGACAUCGACCCAAACCUCCUGGGGCUUGCAGAUGAUGAAGAGAAAUGUCGGAAUAUCCGCAAGCAGUACCGGCAGCUCAUCUACAGCGUCCAGCAGAACCGCGAUGACAUCGUGAACACCGCGAGCGACUCGUUAACCGAGGCACUUGAAGAAGCCAACAUCCUGUUUGACGGGGUGAGCCGAACAAGAGAAGCAGCCCUUGAUGCCCAGUUUCUUGUUUUGGCUUCUGAUUUGGGUAAAGAAAAAGCAAAGCAGUUAAACUCUGAUAUGAGCUUUUUUAAUCAAGUGACAUUUUGUGACUUUCUGUUUAUGUUUGUGGGUCUGAAUUGGAUGGAACAUGAUGAGCGUGAUGAAUUGAGUGGUUGUGAUGAUAAUAUAGCUCUUUCCUUCUGGGAGACAGUACAAAAGGAAGCAACAUCCUGGAUAGUACAAGCUGAAACAUUCCACUUUAUUUUUGGUUCUUUCAAGCCAGAACCUUCUGCACCAAAACCCCGACUUGGACAUCAGAAAAAAGUUCGUAAAAUGGAAGAAAAUGGGGAUAUGCCUACAAAGUUGAGGAAGUUGGACCUAAAUAGUAAUCAAGAAGCAACAGAAAAAGAAGUAGAAAGAAUAUUGGGAUUGUUGCAAACCUACUUUCGAAAGUAUCCUGAUACUCCUGUGUCAUAUUUUGAAUUUGUGAUUGAUCCAAACUCUUUUUCUCGCACGGUGGAGAACAUAUUUUAUGUUUCUUUCAUUAUAAGAGAUGGUUUUGCAAGAAUAAGGCUUGACCAAGACAGGCUGCCAAUAUUAGAGCCAAUUAAUAUUAACCAAAUGGAUGACGAAAAUGAUCCCAGUUCCCAUGGCAGGAAACAAGGAGUUAUAUCUUUAAGUUUACAGGACUGGAAAAAUAUUGUGGCGACUUUUGAAAUUUCAGAGGCCAUGAUCAAAAACUCAUACUAAGUAUUUUUUCUUAGUAUAGGAUCACUUUUGUGGUUUUUCUGAAAUAUCUCAAAAUGGAUAGUAAUAUCUAAACAGAAGCACAUAAUGUAUUUCUUGUAAAGUGAAAAAGCAUUUUCAAAAACAUCAGAAAUUGUUUUACUGUGAGUGUAUUUUACUUGGUAAUUUAUAAGGUCAUCUGUUAUUAAAAAAAUUCACUGGCA